UCAUCCCCUCUCGCUCCAUUACUCCCUCUGUAAAGGCGCACAUGGUUUCUGUCUGAGGAGGUUUUCGUUUCCUCAGGCUGUGGAUGGGAGAGUGAUGAUGCCAGAGAGCUGCAUGCAAACACACAGGCUGAAAACAACCAGAAGUAAAUAAUCUAUGCUUUCUGUUGCAGAGGUGCACUUUUGCACAUAUGGGCUGCCAUUAAAAUCCUGGAUUAAUGAGCUGAGGUGUUGCUCCUCACACUUGUUUCUUGUUCAGGAAUUUGUGAGUUUGUGGACUUUUCAGGACGUUCAGCUUUCUUCUCUUUUUGGAAAUCUAGACACAACUGGGAAAUGUUGCAUUAGUGAACCUGGUGACACCUGAGAGGUAAAUCCGUGAAGAGGACUGCAGCAUCACCACUGUCAUCAAACUGAACGGCAGCAAACUGGAGUUUUUAAAAGCAAGAAUCAUGAAAGAAAACUAUGGAGGAUAUGAGAACCAGCUUUUCAAAGAGGAGGAUCUCACAGGAGAGGAGGAGGAAAUGCCUCCAUUUAGAGGUCGUACCAGAGGAGGCUGUGUCAGAUGCCAACAGAGCCAUUCCCUCCAGUUGGCUGUCAGAGUCCUCUAUGGAUUCGUUGCAUUUCUCAUUAUUACCGUGGCAGUGCUUGCAUCGCUUGUCUUCAGGAAAGUUGACAACUUAUCAGAAGAGGAAUCUGUCUACCACAAGAAGAUCACCAAGGUUCAGCAGGGAAUAGAGGAUCUGAGCUCCACCUCCAACUGUUCAGGAUGUCUGGAUGUGACUCUGUACAGUGAAGAGAUCAGCAGGUUGAAGAGGGAGUUUGAGGACAUUCAGAGGAUGAUACUGGGGCAGGAGCAGGUCCUACACCAGGCCUCCCAGACCCAGGCUGCUCUUAAAGCCACCAGCAACCGGCUCACACGUGACAUGCAAAACCACCUCGUGUCAAUCAAAGUUCUGAACCAAUCACUGGAGGGGUUUUUGGACCAGGUAGAGGGGUGGAAGGAUGUGAUUGAGGAAACUGAAGAAAAGAUGAAAACUCUAACAGAGGAUCAGUAUGACAUUAAAGCUACGGCACAGCAAGUCAACACCACAGUCGCACUGAGUACAAUGUGGAUAGAUGCGCUGCAGAGGAAAGCAGAUGAGGAGACUCUAGUCCUUCAGAAGUUGACCACUGACUGGCAAAACUACAGUCGAGUUCUGACUGCAAUAAAAUCCAACACAAGCAGCACUACUCAAAAUAUGCGCUUCCUCCAAAACAACAUCCAGGCAGAUCACCAGAGGAUCGCCAUGUCCACAGAGGUGUACUAUGACCUCACUCAGCAGGUGAUGAACCUACAGAUGCAGCUUGACAACGUGACCUCAUUCAUGGAUGAACAUGAGGAGAACAUGCACGACCUUCACUAUCAUUCCAGGUAUUACGAGAACCGCACAGGAGAACGUUUCUCUGCCUUGGAUGGCCGACUGAACUCCAUUGAAAUGGAGAUCGACACAAUCUCCUCCAGCAUCAACGCUACAGUCAGCCACGUCCAGAGCAUGUACAAAUACAUCAACAUCGAGAGCUCGUCCUGUCAGACUCGCCUGGGCAGACACACAGAAGAUCUACAGAACCUGAACAACACAGUCCUGUUACUUGUCCAUUUGGCGGACACACUGAGGCAGCAGAACAUGCUUCUGAAUGUUCAACUCGAUAUGGACGUCAGGAACUUGUCUAUGGUGAUGGAGGAGAUGAAGUUAGUGGAUACACACCAUACUCAACUCAUAAAGAACUUCACUAUAAUAAAGGGUGCUCCCGGACCACCAGGGCCCAAAGGUUACCGUGGUGAGACUGGUUCUAAAGGACCUAUGGGAUUAACUGGGACAAAAGGUGACAAAGGCCAACCCGGGACCCGUGGAUCCCAAGGAGAGAAGGGUACUCUUGGUCCAAAGGGAGCGCCAGGUGAACCAGGACCCAGUGGAAGUAGAGGGUCUGUAGGCGUUAAAGGAGCCAAGGGGUCUCUUGGUCAGCCGGGACCACGUGGCGAGAGGGGCCAGAAGGGUGACAUGGGUCCCAUUGGUAAAGAUGGAGCUUCUGGAUCAACAGGACCGCCAGGGAUCCAGGGUCAGGCAGGACUACCUGGUAUCAUCGGGCCAACAGGACCAAGAGGUAAACCAGGACCAGUAGGCCCACCAGGUCCACCAGGAACUCCCGGACCUCCUGGCCUUCCAUACCCCCCUGACCUAAUCGCUCAGCAGCAGGCUGUGACUCCUGGUUCAGACUCGAAGAGACAGUGAGGAGAAACCUGGACCUAGAGGGAAGAUGUUUGGUACAAAUAAACUUGAGGAUCGUUGUCGUCACAUACAGACUGAAGCAGUAUUGUCUAUAGUGGGUGGUGACACAACAACGGAUAAAAUACUACAAAAAACUUUUUUUUUUUUUUUAUUGGAUUGUGCAAGACGAUGGAGAACUUAAUAUCUGAAUUGUUCAAAGACUGGUAUUCCCCUGAAGACAUGCCACAGCAAGCUAGGAUGAAUCAGGAGGAAAAUCCUAAAACAGAACUGCUGCCACACUGAACUGUUCUUUGGUUUAUUCAUUGUCAACUGAGACCAAACCAGGACUGAAAUGUUCCGAGUUUGGCCAGACUUUUAGUUGUUUUUUACAAUGAUGGGAAACUGACAACCAAGACCUGGAUCUCAAAAUGUACUUUUGAUGAGUGGUUUUUUUUUUUUUUUUUUUUGCCCACCUGGCAGUCCAAGCACAAAAAUAUGCACAUUUAUCUGAAUUAAAAGCUGCAAACAGUUGGAAACAUGUCCAUUAUUGAAGUUGAAUGUACUGAAGGUUAAGAAUGUUUUCUGGGUUGUUAAUAAAGUUUCGGUAAGUAGUGUUUUUUCCAUUCAGGCCUUAAGACUUCGCAAGGGUUUAUGUUCUCCUGCACUACUAUAUGGGCACACAUAUAUUCACAUUGGCACAACAUUUUCUCAUGGGUGGCACUUUACUGGUUCUUAAAGUGUAAAAAUCAAAGACAUUUUUAUGUGGCAUUUCAGAGCAGGCUCUCUGAGGACAUUUAGAUCUACUUUAUGAUGUCUGAGUUUAAGAUGCAGAUUUGUUACUGGAUUUCCAGUUUGGAUUUUCAUACAAUGCUUCCGUGAUCUUUUUAUCAUAUACAACUUCUUUUGUUACUGUUGCUGUAUGUAAACAAUGUCAAGAAAAAUAAUAAUGUCAGCGACACUCUUUGGACUCAUUUUGGCAUUUUUGAAAGACAGAAAGAAAUUUUGGUACAAGUUUUAUAAAGGUUCAGCUUCCCACCCAUGGAUUAAAAAUAAACUUAAAAGCAUCUGUCAAGGAUAUUAUUUAGUUUUAAUCCAUGUUUGGGAAUAUCAGUAGCCUAAUGCUUUCAUUAAGUAAAGUAAAGAGCAAGGUUAUCUUAUCAUAAAAGCUAUAAGUGAACGGAUAUAACAUGUCUUGUUCCAUCUAAAUUUAAGAAAAAUCUGCUUGCCAAAGCCUCUUUUGGUUCUCUUGUACUUAAUAUUUGAUCUGUAUUAAACAAUCUACUGAUAUGUCCAUCAAAAUAGUGCCAAAUACGACUUGUGCAGGUCUGAAAACAUGUUAACAUCUGUAGUGUUUUUAAUAAAGCAGCCUGAUCUCCAUCAGUGUUGUCAGGACUUUUUAUUUUAAAGAAGCUGCAUAUCCAAGAUAAGGCCCAUCCCCCCGAUCCCCCCAAUUACAUAAUGAAGAUGUCACCCUUGAUAUCAUUAAACAUUAAUUUAAUGUGAUUAAAGUCACACAAUUUCAUUUGCACAUGUUAAAUGUAUCAUUGUCUGUGGCAAUUUUCACAUGUAUUUUGUGUGAAUUAGAUGGUUCAUACAAGUCCAGUGGUUUAGGUCCAUAGAAAAAGCCUGAUUUUGCACCAAAUGUAUGAAUAUUCACUGAUUUAUCUCCCCGCAAAUGACACGCAAGCACCUUUAUUUUGACUUUUUGCAGUGGCUUUGUGAAUUCCCCUUUAUAUUUUUUAUUUUUUGUUUGCACCAGUUUUUGGGAUUGGAUCUGGCCUUACAAUCUUAGUUUUUGCCGAGUUUGGGAUGCACUUUAUUAAUCACUUAAUUUUAAAGGUGUUGGCAAGCAGAUUUUUAAGGUUGCGUCUAAACAAAGCUAAAAUACCUUCUGGCAGUUGAGAAAGUUACAUUAAAGUUCACAUCAAAUAUUCAGACACACUGAUCUUUUACUGUAUAUGAUCAAAUGCGUCAGUAGAGUCAUGUUUAAGAGGGCAUCGUAUAAAUCUUUUUGAUACACAUACAUAAUCACAUAUUUCUCAGUAAAAAAAAACUAAAAACAUUUUACCAUAAAAGUAAAUGUAGUAUUUUCAUAAACCUGUGUGUUGUUAUGAAAUGCGACUGGCUUGCAUCGAACUUCAAUAAAUGCUUUUUUCAACAGU